AUGGGGAUUGACGAUGAUCUCUUCGACACGACGCUGGAUUUCUACGUCCACUUGCAAAACCCGCGGGACUGUGUUUUGCAGGCGGACAUGACCGCCUGCAAAGUGCAGAUCUUUGAUGAUGAUCUCUUCCCCUCCACGGCUUUUCCGCAGCUUCGAGAAAUCAACCGCGUGGAUGAAGGCCACCUGCAUGACUUCGGGUUCCGGCUCCUGUGGGCCUUCAUGCGCUUCACCUUCUUCCAUGUGCCCACCAUUUGGUGGAAGUCCAUCGUCGCGGUGUUCCUGGCCCAGCUUGGGAACGCCUACUACCUAAUGACCAUCUACUUGAAGGUGUACCUCGUGGAUGUGUGCCUCAACGUGAAGGAUGAGUCGACCCUGGACAGACUGUUGGUGCCCGGCAGCCGCAGUCUCACCGCGGCCUUGCUGGGCCUGGCGUGGGUGCUGCCGAAUAUCAUCCUUGUGGCCGCUGACCACUUCGAGAUGACGGUCUUGGAAAUGGGCUUCCAUAUCCGGCAGCACCUCCGGGUAAACCUCUUCCGCAAAUAUCUGAAUUACGCCAGGCACUCCAGGGCGAGGGUGCCGAUACAGGAUUUGAAGACCAGCAUGAUGGAGGACAUCCCCACUCUGUCGCGGGAUGGUUACCUCAUAAGCUUCGAAAUCCUGAAGAAGGUCUGCAAAGUCAUUUGCGUGGGCUGGUGGCUUCUGAAGAAGCACCCGCGUUCUGGCAUCCCUUUGGCCAUCUACCCGACGCUGAUGCUUCUUUGGCUGGGCUCCCGCUACAAGCGCAGGCUCUUGCUGCUGAAGAAGACGGGUGAUGGUACCAGCGAUGUGCAAGGCUGGCUCCUGCACGCGGAAGCUUCUUUCGACCUGGUGAACGACUACGGCAACCGUAAUACCAUCGUGGGGAAGUUUCAGAAGGUGCUGGCAGAUCAGCGGCGCCUGAUGAUUGCUUUGAAGUCCUUCUCCUUUUGGAGCGGCAUCGUUAUUCCGUGGAUUACGAUCCUUGCGACCGGCUUUUAUAUCUUCCUGGCUGGACAGAUGGUGACCGAAGGCGAGCUAUCGCUGGGUUCGUUCCUGGCGACCAUCAACUUGUACAAGGACUUGGGCGACCGCUUCGAUGGGAGAUCUACACCGACUUCGAGGCGCUCUCCGAGGUGA